GAGGUGCUAAACACCUUCCCCCUGAGAUAAAAGAUGAUUAAUACCUUUGAAUGAGGGCCGCUUAGUGGCUCAGAGUCUCUUAAGUACUUAAUUAGUGAAAGGAUGGGUCUGACAGCACACGUGAGCUGGAGGUGUGGAGGAGAUGCUCUUUGAUCUGCUGGCCUCCUAACAGCAGGCAUAAGAGUCAUGGAAAUUUGAUAAGUUCUCUCCCACUGACCUCACACGCUCAGCAGCAGUUAACCCGAUGCAGGUAUAAAUAUCCCAGAAGAGCAGGGCUGAAGACACAGACCUGACGUGGUGUGUGUGUUUGUGUGAGGAACAUUACUAUGGAUUUACUGCCACUGCUGGUGUUUCUUCUGCUCUGCGCCAUCCAUCAGACCCUCACAGCAGUUUUAGGUAAAAACACAGAAUCCAGAAACCUGUUCACAGCGAGAGCCUGCUGCAGACGCCAGAGGCACAUCAUCUACAUUGGCAAAGAUAUCUCUGGCAGUCCUGUGAAUGUUGAUGUGGGCGUGUGCAGAGCGCAUUGUGACCAAUCAGUGCGUUCUGCGUCUCUGGAGGCGGGGCUAAGAGCCUCCAAAUAUUCAUCAAUGCUCGAAUUCCUGAGACACAAAAAGAUGAAGCGCUUGGAUCCGUCCUCAGGAGCUGCAGACUCCAUCAGCGGUUCUCCAUCCUGUGGACCGAGCUCCACCUGCGAGCCGGCCGGGGUGCGUGUGGACCGCGUGAUGCUGUAUGAAGGUCUGCGUGAGGUCGAGAUCAUUGAGGACUGUCAAUGCGAAGCCAAAAUGAGCCGGUGUGUCCGAGCACCAUCACUGAAAACAUACUACUCUGAGACUCCGUACGAGACCGUCAUAGACGCAGGCAAAUGUCUCGGAUCCAAAGGGGCCCCAGAGGGAUUUUCAUGUAUGCCGACUAAGUUUGAUUCCACCCUCAUUGAAACUCCAAACAAAGUGGAGUUGAUCCAAACAGUGGCCCAGUGCAAACUAAUGGAGGGAUGUUACCGAAUCCCGUAUGUAGAGCAUCACUACGAGAUCAUGUACAAUGAUGACGGAGUCAAAGUAGAAAGUCUGAGGGAAAUAGAUGUUGGCAGAUGUUUGGGAAGCUGCACCUCAGGGAGCCGCUGUCUUCUCAGGAGCGCAUCUGAUCUCGGUGAAUGUCUGCUGUGGGCUGAAGGACAGGGCAACGCUUGUGUUCCUCAAGACUACGAAAGCCACACUUUCCUCAGUCAACAAGGCCAGAUCCGCACUGUUCUGGCCAUUACUUCCUGUCUGUGCCAGUCUUAAAUAUGGCGUCCUCUACUGGAAGACUGAAGCAUCUACAGUGGGAACUGUUUGAAGUUCUCCUCAUAGAUCAUUUGCAUGGCUGUAAUGUCAGGUUUGGGGAUGCACAUUAAUGGACAGAAGUGUAAAGGCAUGAUGUAAAGAUGCUGUUAUGUAAUAUAUGUAAAUUAUGUAAAAAAAAAAGUAUUUUGGAAAUAAAAUUUAUGUCAGAAAGUGGAAAAACAGACUUUCAAUCCACCAGUUUUG